GCCGUGAGGGGCGCGCCCGGAGCUGUGCGGGGCCGGGGCCGGGGCCGGGGCCGGGGCCGGGGCCGCCCUCAGAGCUCCGGGCAGGGCCUGCCUGGGCUCCUGGAGAGACGAGGGAUGGAGGGACAGGACACCGCGAAUGGCUCCCGGAGGGGUGGCUGGGAUGCUGGGGUAAAUAUUUAAUUGAAUUAGGCUGGGGUGGAACUCGCGGAGAGUCCGUGGUUAUCCCUGGCAGUGUCCCAGGCCAGGUUGGACAUUGGAACGCUCUGGGAUAGUGGAAGGUUUUUUCCUACUAUCUCAUCUGACCGUGCUUGCUUUCCAUUUCAACCCUUUCCCCUUUAUCCCGUCGCUAUUGUAAACAGCCUUACCUCAUCUUUCCUGUAAGUUCCUUUCAGGGAUUAAAAAGGGGGAAAUUUGCUUUUUUUUUUUUUUUUUUUUUUUUUUUUUUUUUUUUUUUCCUAAAUGAAGAAUUCUAUCCAAGCAUUUAGUGCAAUCCGCUAGAGAUUUGAAAGGAACGCUGCUCAGAUUUCACAGCUAAUGUUCAAUUAGCUACAGUGCUAAUUGGUCCUGUACAUUUACCCUGUGGAUCUGAACUAAUCCAUGCUUAGGCUUGAUCACAGCUGAGUUGUGAUUUUACCCACUUACAGUGCUUAAAUUUGUUGUGUUCUGACUGGAACAGCCCAACGUAUAUCCCGUGCUGCUGUAAGUAAUCAUGUGAAACUGGCCUUGUUUCAUUUUUAUUUUUGUUUUUAUUUUUAUUUGCAGUGCUGCCCCAUGGCCACCACCCCAGCAGAGAGCUCCGGGGAGGGGCUGGGGUUGAGCCAGAGUCACAGCAGCUCUGCUUUGGACUAUUCAGGAGACUCCUUUGAGUCCUUCAGUGAGGAGGAGAGCCAAGCACCUGGAUCCUGGUGUUCCACUGAGGAUUUGGAGGGGUCAGCUGUGUCAGAGGUGUUGGAAAGCUCAUCUUCACUGGCAGGCCAAAGUCCUGCAGAGGAAGAGUCUGAAGCAGUGGAUGCUGCAGCUGUGGAAAGAGCUGCCAUAGGAAAAUGGAUUGAUGCCAUGGGAAAAGGGAUUGAUAUAAAACAUAAAGACACUGGGGUUAGACCAGACAACUCUGUCAUCUCGGCUCCUGCUGGAAUUCCUGAAUUCUCCCAAGAAGAGCUGGAUGCUCUCAGGUGUUUCUGCAGCAGGAGGAUCAGCAGGAUGCAGCAGGAGCAGGCACAAAGGUGCAGGAAGCUGCACUGGGGAAUCCCAGCAAGGCAGAGUGAGAGAGGAAAUUCCUGUGCUGUUCCUGCCCGGCUGAUGAACAGGAUCCUGCUGGAAAACACCAGGCAGGCUGUGAAACAGGUGACAGAAGCUGAAAUCCAUGAGGCUUCAACAUGUCCUGACUGCCAGCAGAAGGAAGCAGAGCUGGCCAAGGCUGCCUUUCUCAGGCACAAAAAGACUCUGCUGGAAGGUGCUUUAAUCCAAGAGAAGUUGGAGAAACAGCUUUACUCCAGAGACAUGCUCACACUUCUAGGAGAAGCACUCAGAAGCUUUCCCAAACCUUCAGAGGAUCCCAGGGAUCUGUGGCAAAGGCUGAAGGGUCAGGAAAUGGAAAACCACAAUCAACCAUAACUCCAGUGGAUGAAGAACUGGGAGAGCCUCCUGUGAGCAGUCACCUCCAGAAUUCCAAUGAUUUUGGAUCUGAGCUGCUCUGGCAGUGAUGGAUUGGGUGCUGCUUUAAUAUUCCUGCAGGUGGAACUAGGUCUGCGGUGUGAGUCAACCCUUUCUCCUUCCUCAGUGCAAAUGUUGCAAUAUAUUGUAAUCCAUCUCCCUAGGUUUCUCAAAUUCUAGAAGCCAAGAGUUUCCAUUAUUAAUCUGGCAAGGCAGAUGUAUUGUCUUUUUUUUUUUUAUUUUAUUUUUUUUGUGGGAUUGCAGAGCAGCUCCCAACUGCUUCCAUCCAUAAGGAAAAUAAAUGAUUCUGUUUGUCAGGCCAGGGAGGUGUAAUUACUGCAUUUCAGCUCAGUCUUUGCCCACUGUCUCAUGGUAAAUUGAAAGUGAGAGCCCCAGGUGGAGGACAAAAAGCCAAGUUAACUAUAGAAAGCAGUGAAAUGAAAUGCAGUAUUUAUAGAGGGGAAAUAAUGAGGCUGUUACAGAAAUUAAUCAGCAGGACUGGGGAUG